AUGCCUUGCCUGUUCUUGUUCCACCUGCUAGGAGUCUGUUUACUACUGAACCAAUUUUCCAGAGCAGUCGUGGCCAAAUGGAAGGAGGAUGUUAUUAAAUUAUGCAGCCGCGAAUUAGUUCGCACGCAGAUUGCCAUUUGCAGCAUGAGCACCUGGAGAAAAAGGUCUCUGAGCCAGGAGGAUGCCCCUCCGACACCUAGACCAGUGGCAGAAAUUGUGCCAUCCUUCAUCAACAAAGAUACAGAAACUGUAAUUAUCAUGUUGGAAUUCUUUGCUAAUUUGCCACCGGAGCUGAAGGCAGCCCUAUCUGAGACGCAACCAUCGUUACCAGAGCUACAACAAUAUGUACCUGCGUUAAAGGAUUCCAAUCUUAGCUUUGAAGAAUUUAAGAAAAUUAUUCGCAAUAGACAAAGUGAAGCCGCAGACAGCAAUCUUUCAGAAUUAAAAUACUUAGGCUUGGAUACUCAUUCUCAAAAAAAGAGAUGA